ACUCGCAGCAUGUGAUUCACGCGGCAACCUCUCCCACUUGACACGUUCCUGCAAGCGAUAGAAGUCGGUUCCGUGAAACGCCAAAACGCAUGUGUGAAAAUGCAAAUUUAAAAAUAAAUUCGCGCGCUUCGAAUUUGUCGGGCGAAACCUCGUGCGCUCUUUCCGAUAACGACUAGUUGGUCCUCUUUGUGCGUGGUGUUAGCGUUGAUUCCAAUCCUGACAGCUGUCUCGGAAGUGUUGCAUCAGCAUGGAAGCGGCUAGCGGCGUAGCGGUCCUUGAAGAUGAGGUUUUCCACAACGAGACCAAGGCUCUGUGGGUCUUCGCCUACGGAUCCUUGUGCUGGAAGCCCGGCUUCCAGUUCCACAAAGCCGUCACGGGGUACGUCCAGGGGUUCCACCGGAGGUUCUGGCAGGGAAACACGACGCACAGAGGCACCGAAGACAAGCCUGGGAGGGUUGCCACUCUCGUCGAAAGCUCAAAGGGUUUGGUGUAUGGAGUUGCUUUCGCUAUAAGUGGGGAAGCUGCUAUUCCUUAUUUGUCGAAGCGUGAAUGUGAGUUGGGUGGAUAUACAACGGUUUUCACGACAUUCUACCCCGUUAGUGGAGACCCGUUCAAAGUUUUGUUGUAUGUUGCAACUCCGAAGAACCCUUUGUGGAUGGGGGACGCCAAGAUUGUAGACAUCGCCGAACAGAUAGUGGACUGUCGGGGGCCUAGUGGGUACAACGUAGAGUAUGUUUUAAGACUGGCGAAUUUCAUGAAACACCAUUUCCCAGAGUGCGAAGACAACCAUUUGUAUAGUUUGGAGGAAGAAGUUCUAAGAAGGGUAAAAGAUAAGAAAAUGUGCCUUAGAACUCUUAUGGGUGACGGUGAGGGAUGUGUAACUUUUGUUAAAGAGGAACGACGACGAUCCACGGAUAGUACUGAUGAUAAUCAAGAACGUAUAGAAACGUUCCAACACACGACGAGAGUCCCCGAAAAAACUCUACGUUGUUUGAAUAUUUAAGUAUUUAUUUAUUUAUUAUCAGUCGUAGAGACUGUAUUAACUCGUUAACAGUACUACCGUGUAGUACUACAAUUUUUUGUUUAGAUUUGAUGUGAUGUAUAUUUUAUUUUUGCAUUUACCUACUCGUUAUUUUUGAUACAAGACUUGUGCUGCUACCAAGAGAUUCUAAGAUAUAUUUAUAUUUUUUUGUAUUGGCCCAACUGUGAUUUUAUAAUUAACCGAUUAAAGUGUAUUUAAUAUGUA